AUGUGUUGCUUACAAACCGGUCUUCCAGGUUCGUGUUUCCGUGGUGACGUCAGUGGUGGCAAUGGCAGUGGCAGCGGCAGCGGUAGUAUCGAUCCGACACUAAUGGACUACAACUCCUGGACCUCCUCCACUCAGCAACAACAGCAGCCUCACACCGGUCCUGCUCAUCCUUCAAGCAAUCUCCAGCCCGUCAAUGACCACUUCUCUCGUCGCAUUAUCGGUAACGUUGGUGUUGGAGGCACCAACGAUGAAAGCCACUUUGCCAAUGCCUGGAACGCCGCGACUCCCAACGACAGAGCCAAUCAGUGGAGUAGAAAUUCUAUGCCUCUGUGGAGUAGCAGUUCUGUUGUCCGGGCUGAUCAGAGCGAUUCGCCUAAUGGGGCUAGACUAGGUGGUGUCAUGGGCAUGUCCACGAAUCCUGAAUCGUCUGUUGAGCUAGCGAAUUGUGUGCGUGCUGGCAAAGUGGUUCAUUUGGGACUCAACAAGGUGGAAUACUGGUUGAAUGUGCUUACUAAUUUCACGUACGAGUCAACUGACUCCCUCGACAACGGUUUAGAAGUCUGA